AUGACACGUCGUUAGAAUGAUUAUAAAUUUGAAUUCCUCAUUCCGGGGUGAACGGAGUUUCUCAGUGUAUAAGCAGUCCUUUUAAGUCUACAACAACAACAACAGCAAUUUGAGUUUCAAAAUGACUCAUUCGCUGUUGGCUUGGGUUGCACGUGCUGCCUUCUUCAUCGUGAUGAUCCUUCAGUAUAUCUCCUUCGCUUCGUAUCCAGCACGCUACGAAAAUCAAAAUGGCUGGUAUGCUUUACUUCUUCUCUACAUCCCAUCCUUGAUUCUCUGGUUUCUCGUCGUGUGCAAUGAAAAGCUCAUCACCUGGGUAUUUUCCGUUUGGGGUCUGUACGUAUGGCUUGCUUUAGUGCCCAUAAUUGGAAUAAUAUUUGGGCGAAUCGAAGAAAAAAUCGAGAAGGAUUUGUUCUUUGGACCAGAUGUCUUGACCAUGACCCUUUGCCUAACACCGCUCCUUUUGUUGCUGUUGCUUAACACAUUUGAAAUAGAAAGUAAAGGCAGAGAGCUCGUAUUAAAGCUGGCCUUCCAAAUAACAUUAGAUCUCUUCGACGGAAUUGAAAUGCUGCAAGUUAUUCUGGAGGAAAGUGAAGUUAGCAUUCCCAGGAGCUUUGAGAACGCUAUCAUUGCCUUCGUCUGCAUAAGUUUUAUGCUUUCGCAUUUUCAAUUGGAGGAGAACAGGUUUUUGGACACGUCUAUUUACAAGUACUUAGCCGUCAUUCGUAUCACCCUUCAGAUUUUACUCGGUAAUUGUGUGUUUUUAGGCCUUCGUUUGGCUCUGUUCUUUAAGUUCAAGAGAAAUGCGUCAAUUUUCAUCGCCAAGAAUGGCAUUUUGAUCAUUCAUGGGAUUUUGGAGAUUUUUCAGUGUUGUAAGGAUUAGUUAGGAAGUCUAGGAAACAAGAUGGACUAACUGUCCAAUUAAAGCACGAUCGCAUAUUCGACAACUUUAAGCUCCUUUGCAAAGUAGUGAAUUUUUGUAGUUUGUUUAUCCUUUAGCCGUUCGGCGGACUCGGAUUGCAAAUUAAAUUUUUUGUUUUAACACAAUAGCGUGGGUGUGCCUGAUUUGCGGUUUAUUAUGUCACCUAACGUAAACAAAAGAGGGGAAAGGGAGGGGAGAAUGGUGACGUUGGCACCCUCUGUUAAGUAUGUUUACAUGAAACAAUGCUCCUUAUCCCCUCCCCGCUUCACUCCCGCAAAGCUUUUUAAAGGAAACAAAUUUACUUCCUCUUUUAAAUUAUGAGCCCCGCUGAGUUUUCAGAAAGCCUGACCAUGCUUGGGUUGCUUAAAAUACUUCAAACAUCUAGUGAAGGGUUGAAUACAUCACAGGAGGCUCAAACUCACAUCUCGAGAAAAAGCCAAUGAUUAAUUCAUGAAAGCGUCACGCGUUGAGUG